AUGGUUCCUCUCGCUGGUGAGACGGCCAUUUCGGCCAAGCGUGCCGAGCUUGCUGGCAAAGCUGGUAUCUUUGGUUUGAUCAGUAACAAGAAGACUUCGGCCAUUGGCCUGUUCGCGUCGCUGGGUGGAUUGGUUUAUGGUUAUAACCAGGGAAUGUUCGCGCAGGUCUUGACUAUGCACUCUUUCACCGUUGCCACAAAUGGAUAUGCUGCCGAGACGGGCAUCAAGCAAGGCUUGAUGACCUCUAUUCUUGAACUUGGUGCUUGGGUGGGAACCCUCAUCAACGGAUAUCUCGCUGAUCGUCUCGGUCGUCGUCUGACAGUUCUGGUUGCUGUGGUGGUGUUCUGUGUUGGAGUCAUCGUGCAGGCCUGCACGACCAACAAGGAUUAUGUCUUUGGAGGACGGUUCGUCACAGGUCUUGGUGUUGGUAGUUUGUCCAUGAUUGUGCCUCUAUACAAUGCCGAGCUAGCGCCGCCUGAGAUUCGUGGUUCGCUGGUUGCCGUGCAGCAGUUGGCUAUUACCUUUGGUAUCAUGAUUUCAUUCUGGAUUGGAUAUGGAACGAAUUACAUUGGCGGGACGGGCGAUACACAAUCGAACGCGGCUUGGCUGGUCCCUAUCUGCAUCCAGCUAUUGCCUGCUCUGGUCCUAGCAGUGGGAAUGAUGAUGUUCAUGCCGCAGUCACCUCGCCAUCUUAUGAAUACCGGCCGCGAGGAGGAAUGCCUGCAGACUCUUGCCCGUCUGCGCGGUACCACGACGGAUGAUCUCCUGGUUCGUAUCGAGUUCCUCGAGAUCAAGAGUCUGCACAUGUUCGAAGUCGAGACUGCUGCCGAGAAAUACCCUCACCUUCAGGAUGGCUCGUUCAAGAGCAAUUUCAAAAUUGGUUGCCUCGAUUACUUGUCGCUUAUCACGAACAAGUCGCUAUUCAAGCGUACUAGCGUUGCUUGCAUGAUCAUGGUAUUCCAACAAUGGAAUGGUAUCAACGCCAUCAACUACUACGCCCCCUUCAUCUUCAAGAACAUGGAUCUUCCCGGAAACACAACUGCCCUCCUCGCGACCGGAGUCGUCGGUAUCGUCGAAUUCCUCUUUACCAUCCCCGCCGUACUCUUCGUCGAUCAGAUUGGUCGGAAGAAGAUUUUGAUCGCCGGUGCUGCAGGUAUGGCUGCCUGCCACUUCAUCGUCGCGGGUAUCAUCGGAUCCUACGAGGGUAGGUUUGAUGAGAACCGGGCAGCCGGUUGGGCUGCUAUUGUGUUCGUAUGGAUCUUCGUCAUCAAUUUUGCCUGUUCCUGGGGUCCCGUUGCAUGGAUCGUCACUUCCGAGGUCUUCCCUCUCAGCAUGCGCGCCAAGGGUGUUAGUAUCGGUGGUAGCAGUAACUGGCUGAAUAACUUUGCGGUCGGAACUUCUACCUCUCCGUUCAUCUCUACGUCCGCCUACGGUACUUUUAUUUUCUUCGGCUGUAUUACCGUCGUCGGCAUCAUCUACGUCAUCUUCAUGGUCCCGGAGACCAUGGGCCGCACCCUGGAGGAAAUGGACGAAUUGUUCGGAUCAUCCGGUCUGGCCGCAGCCGACGCCGAGCGCAAGCAUCGCAUUGAGAGCCAAAUUGGCCUAUUGGAAUUAGUCGGUGUGGAGACUCCAGAGAAGAAGUUGGAUGCCUCGCACUCUGAGGAGUUUGUGGAGACGAAGAUG